AUCAUAUCUUCGUCUCGCUUGCUUUCUCUUUCCUCCCAUCAUCAUCUCCCAUCUCUGGCAGCCCAGUCUGCCGGUGAAUUCAAUUCAUUCAAUAAUCAAUAACUGGUGGCAACGAUGUCAGCUUACGAUCACUCAAAAGUAGCCCACUUCAUAGGUGGGAAUUCACUGGAUAAGGCUCCCGCUGGCCGUGUUACGGACUUUGUAAAGGCUCAUGGAGGUCAUACUGUCAUCACGAAGGUACUUAUUGCAAAUAAUGGCAUCGCGGCGGUCAAGGAGAUUCGAUCGAUCCGCCAAUGGAGUUACGAAACAUUCGGAACGGAGCGAGCUGUCGAGUUUACAGUUAUGGCAACUCCUGAGGACCUCAAGGUAAAUGCUGAGUACAUCCGCAUGGCGGACCAGUACAUCGAGGUUCCAGGAGGAUCGAACAAUAACAAUUAUGCCAACGUUGACCUUAUCGUCGAUGUUGCCGAGCGUGCUGGCGUGCAUGCCGUUUGGGCAGGAUGGGGUCAUGCGUCUGAAAACCCUCGACUACCCGAGAGUCUCGCUGCGUCGAAGAACCGUAUAGUAUUCAUCGGUCCCCCAGGAAGUGCCAUGAGGAGCUUGGGAGACAAGAUAUCAAGUACGAUCGUUGCUCAGAGCGCGGAUGUUCCCUGUAUGGCUUGGUCGGGCUCUGGUAUCUCGGACACUACCUUAUCAGAGCAGGGUUUCGUGACUGUUCCCGACAAGGCGUAUAAGAACGCUUGUAUCACAAAUGUCGGGGAGGGUCUCGCCAAGGCUGAGAUUAUCGGAUAUCCAGUCAUGAUCAAGGCCAGUGAAGGCGGAGGAGGAAAGGGCAUUCGUAAAGUCGAUCAUCCGGAUGCGUUCAAGAAUGCAUUCCACGCCGUUGCAGGAGAAAUCCCAGGAUCGCCAAUUUUCAUCAUGAAGCUAGCUGGUCAAGCACGACACUUGGAGGUUCAGUUGCUCGCCGAUCAGUAUGGCAAUGCCAUCUCUUUAUUCGGGCGUGACUGUUCCGUUCAACGUCGCCACCAGAAGAUUAUCGAGGAAGCCCCCGUAACCAUUGCAAAGGAGGAUACGUUUGAGCAGAUGGAACGUGCAGCCGUCCGGUUGGCGAAGCUAGUCGGAUAUGUCAGCGCAGGAACGGUUGAAUAUCUCUACAGUCACAGGGAGGAUGUGUUCUUUUUCCUUGAGCUGAACCCUCGUUUGCAAGUCGAGCAUCCGACGACUGAAAUGGUUUCCGGCGUCAAUUUGCCUGCUGCCCAACUACAGGUAGCCAUGGGUAUCCCUCUCCACAGGAUCCGUCAUAUCCGCACUCUUUACGGCGUGGCUCCCAAUGCCUCGUCCGAGAUCGAUUUCGACAUGGUGAAGCCUGAGUCGAAUCAGCUUCAGCGCAAACCGCGUCCCAAGGGUCAUGUCGUUGCAGUUCGUAUCACUGCCGAGAACCCUGACGCUGGAUUCAAACCUUCAUCUGGAUCUCUCCAAGAGCUUAACUUCCGUUCCAGUACGAAUGUGUGGGGUUACUUCUCCGUCAGCACUGCGGGUGGUUUACAUGAGUUCGCUGAUUCUCAAUUCGGUCAUAUUUUCGCGUAUGGCGAGGAUCGAUCCGAGAGUAGGAAGAACAUGAUCGUCGCACUGAAGGAGCUUAGCAUUCGUGGUGACUUCCGAACCACUGUCGAGUACCUCAUCAAGCUCCUUGAGCUCGAGGCGUUCACCGAGAACACCUUCACAACCGGGUGGUUGGACACCCUCAUCAGCAACAAGCUCACCGCCGAGCGUCCUGACGCUACGCUUGCUGUCGUCUGUGGUGCCGUUACGAAGGCGCAUCUUUCUGCUGACGCUUGCACCAGCGAGUACAAACGCAUCCUUGACAAGGGUCAGGUUCCUGCUCGUGACCUGCUCAAAACAGUCUUCGGCGUUGAUUUCAUCUAUGAGAACACGCGGUAUAACUUUACUUGCGCACGCUCCUCCAAGAAUAUGUGGACGCUGUUCCUGAACGGUGGCCGGACCAUGGUUGGUGCUCGUCCACUGGCUGAUGGUGGAUUGCUCGUCUUGCUCGAUGGCCGGAGUCAUUCCGUGUAUUGGAGAGAGGAAGUAGGCGCGCUGCGUCUCAUGGUCGAUGCGAAGACAUGUUUGAUUGAACAGGAGAAUGAUCCCACGCAACUCAGAAGCCCGAGCCCUGGCAAACUUGUCAGGUUCCUUGUCGAUAGCGGCGACCAUAUUAACGCUGGCGAGACCUACGCAGAAAUCGAGGUCAUGAAGAUGUAUAUGCCACUCGUAGCUGCUGAGGACGGCAUAGUCCAGUUUGUCAAGCAGCCUGGUGUCAGCCUUGAGCCCGGUGACAUUCUUGGCAUCCUUACUCUGGACGACCCAGCCCGCGUCAAACACGCUAAACCCUUCGAAGGCCUCCUCCCUCCUAUGGGUCUCCCUGGCAUCAUUGGCAACAAGACCUAUCAGCGUUUUGUUCGCUGCAUGGGUACACUCAAUGACAUUCUUGAGGGCUAUGACAACCAGGCUAUCAUGGCCUCGACCUUCAAGGACCUCAUUGAGGUGCUGCAUGACCCUGAGCUUCCUUACUCUGAGGUUAACGCUAUCUUAUCUGCGCUUUCCGGUCGCAUGCCCGCAAAACUUGAAGAGGGUAUCCGUAGCGCAAUCGAGACCGCCAAAUCGAAGAGCGACGCUCACGAAUUCCCCGCAGUGCGCAUCAAGAAGGUGCUCGAGCACUACGUCCAGGACUCCCUCUUACCCCAUGACAGGGCGAUGUUCCGCAUGCAACUCACUGCUCUAUAUGAUGUCCUGGAGCGCUUUAUGGGUGGUAUGAAGGGUCACGAGGUGCACACAAUCGCCAACCUUCUUUCUGCAUAUGAGCAGACUGAGAAACUCUUUGGCGGAAGCAUUGAGACUCGUGUCCUCAAGCUUCGAGAACAACACAAAGACGAUCUCGACAAGGUUGUUGCACUUGUACUCAGUCACACGAAGGCACAGAGCAAGUCGAAGCUAGUGUUGGCCGUGCUUGACUACGUCAAGACAAGUGGUUUGCCUGUUUCGAACGCAGAAAGUCGACUUUACCAGGUCCUCAACGACCUGGCAGCUCUUGAAUCCAAGUCCUCCACCUCCGUUUCUCUUAAGGCUCGCGAGGUUCUCAUUCUCGGGCAGAUGCCGUCGUACGAAGAGCGUCUCAUUCAAAUGGAGGCUGUUUUGAAAGCGUCGGUCUCUUCGAGCGUUUAUGGCGAAUCUGGCAAUGCUAACAGGGCUCCAUCUGCUGAAAUUUUGCGAGAGUUGAGCGACUCACGUUAUACCGUCUACGAUGUCCUUCCUGCGUUCUUCUCGCACACCGAUCCAGUUGUCACAUUGGCUGCCUUCGAGGUUUAUAUCCGACGUGCUUACCGCGCUUACUCACUUCUCUCUAUCGACUACGAGGAGGGUGAUGGUUCGGACGAUGGCGAAUUGCCGAGCGCUGCUACUUGGAGGUUUAAUCUUGGUCAAUCUCAUUCGCCACCAUCGACUCCAAGCGUCACUGCACCCGACCCUCGCCGCCAGGGCUCAGUCAGCGAUUUAACCUAUCUCAUAACUCGCAGCAAGUCUCAGCCUAUUCGAAAUGGUGUUAUUUCAUCAUUCUCUGACCUUGCUGCUAUGGCACGAGGCUUCGAAAAGGUCGCCGAACUCCUCCCUAUAUUUGACGUCGACGAAUUCAGCCAGCGUUAUGGCAACAACCAGCCGCCUAAUGUGAUGAACCUGGCACUCCGUAUCUUUGACAAGACCGAUGACGUUGCCGAAGAAACUUGGGCAGAGCAGUUGGCAAAAUUCUUGAACGAUCGCAAUGGCGUCCUUGCAAAGCGUGGUGUCCGUCGCGUAACUAUUCUCAUCUGCCGUCGCGGGCAAUACCCGAUGUACUUCACCCUUCGUAACUCCGGUGGCUCUUGGGUUGAGGAGCAAGCCAUCCGUAACAUUGAACCGGCUCUUGCUUUCCAGCUGGAGCUCAGCCGUUUGUCCCACUACAAGCUCACACCCUGUUUCGUCGAGACCAAGCAAAUUCACAUUUACCAUGCCGUUGCUCGGGAGAACCAACUGGACAACCGCUUCUUCAUUCGCGCACUCGUCCGCCCCGGACGCCUACGUGGCUCGAUGAGCACCGCAGAGUACCUUGUUUCUGAAACCGAUCGUCUCGUUACAAGCGUUCUUGACGCACUGGAAGUCGUCAGUGCACAACACCGCAAUGCUGACGUUAACCACAUCUUCAUGAACUUCGUCUACAACCUCGCGGUCUCAUAUGAAGAUGUUUUGACGGCUAUUGCUGGAUUCAUAGAGCGACAUGGAAAAAGGUUAUGGCGUCUCCACGUCACUGGCUCCGAAAUUCGCAUUGCUCUGGAAGAUAGCGAGGGGAAUGUUACCCCUAUUCGCUGCAUCAUAGAGAACGUAUCUGGAUUUGUAGUCAACUUCCAUGGUUAUCAGGAGAUUACAACGGACAAAGGCACCACUAUCCUGAAAUCCAUUGGAGAAAAGGGACCUCUCCACCUCCAGCCCGUCCACCAGCCGUACCCAACCAAAGAGUCGUUGCAACCCAAGCGAUACCAGGCGCAUCUUAUCGGUACCACUUAUGUCUAUGACUUCCCCGAGCUCUUUUCCAAAGCCUUGCACAACCUCUGGAUCAAGGCUCGUGCGACUGAUUCUUCCUUGAGCUUGCCGAAGAACACUCUGGAGGCGAAGGAACUCGUGCUUGACGAGCACGAUGAACUCGCGGAAGUUGAACGUGCUCCAGGAAACAAUACCUUCGGUAUGGUUGCUUGGGUGUUCACUCUAAGGACACCUGAGUAUCCCAGUGGGCGCAAGGUAGUUGUGAUCGCCAACGACAUCACCUACAAAAUUGGCUCGUUUGGUCCCAUCGAAGAUCAGUUCUUCUACACCGUCACCAAGUACGCUCGCGAACACGGCCUUCCUCGCGUUUACCUUUCUGCCAACUCUGGUGCUCGCAUUGGGCUGGGAGAAGAAGUGAUGAACCUCUUUUCGUGUUCCUGGAACGAUGAUGGGCACCCUGAGAAAGGCAUCGAUUAUAUUUACCUGACUCGGGAGAACUACCUGAAGGUUCAAGAGAAGGCUGCUGCGUCUGUGCGCACAGCUGAGAUAGAGGUUAAUGGCGAGCUGCGCUACAAGAUCACCGACAUUAUAGGUCUACAGGAUGGUCUCGGUGUUGAGAGUCUGAAGGGAUCAGGUCUUAUCGCUGGUGAAACGUCACGGGCAUACGACGACAUCUUCACUAUCACUUUGGUCACCGCUCGGUCAGUUGGAAUCGGAGCUUAUCUCGUACGUCUUGGAGAACGUGCAGUGCAAGUCGAGGGCCAGCCCAUCAUUCUCACUGGUGCUCCAGCCCUGAACAAGGUGCUCGGACGGGAGGUGUAUACCUCCAACUUGCAGCUUGGAGGGACGCAGAUCAUGUAUAAGAACGGUAUAUCGCAUCUCACCGCUAGCAGCGACUUGGAGGGUGUCACGCACAUCUUGCAGUGGUUAUCAUAUGUUCCAGAGUCGAAGGGCGACUCCCUGCCUAUUCGCGAAACUUCAGACUCUUGGGAUCGCGAUAUCGCCUUCAUACCUCCCAAGGGCCCGUAUGAUCCUCGUUGGUUCAUCGAAGGCAAAGAAGAUGAACACACGUCACAGUGGCUCACUGGCUUUUUCGACAAAGGGUCCUUCCAAGAGACACUCGGAGGGUGGGCUCAGACUGUCGUUGUUGGCCGUGCACGCCUUGGUGGUAUUCCCAUGGGUGUUAUUGCUGUCGAGACCCGGACAAUUGAGCGCAUUGUUCCUGCAGACCCUGCUAACCCAGCGUCAUUUGAACAACGAGUCAUGGAGGCAGGUCAAGUCUGGUACCCCAACUCUGCCUACAAAACCGCCCAAGCCAUCUUCGAUUUUAAUCGUGAAGGACUCCCUCUCAUCAUCUUCGCUAAUUGGCGUGGGUUCUCUGGUGGUCAGCAAGACAUGUACGACGAGGUACUCAAACAGGGCUCGAAAAUCGUUGAUGGGUUGUCCGCCUACAAGCAGCCUGUCUUUGUUUACAUCGUCCCCAAUGGUGAACUGCGCGGCGGUGCCUGGGUCGUUCUUGACCCCUCGAUCAAUCCGGAGAAAAUGGAGAUGUAUGCAGACGUCGAGGCUCGUGCUGGUGUUCUCGAGCCGGAGGGUAUUGUUGAAAUCAAGAUGCGCCGAGACAAGAUCUUGACAUUGAUGGAGCGUCUUGACUCGACGUACGCCGAGCUCAAGCAAGCCAGCAAGGAUUCUACCAAGACCGACGAGGAGAGAGCCCAGGCAACGCAGGCACUUGCCAACAGGGAGACCUUUUUGCAGCCCACAUACAAGCAGCUUGCUUUGCUUUACGCAGACCUUCAUGAUCGCGCUGGGCGAAUGGAAGCCAAAGGUUGUGCUAAACCUGCCGUGUGGAAAGAUGCUCGGAGAUACUUCUACUGGGCCCUUCGCGCCCGCAUCGCACGCUCCAGCUUGCUCGAGCAGAUUGCAGAUGGCAACCCCGAAAUGGAGUCCGAGGAGCGUGCCGCGUUGUUGGACUCACUUAUCCCUGAUAGUGACUUGCCUAACAAUCGUGCUUUGGCCGAAGUCCUUGAGCAGCUCGACAUCACGCCGACCUUGUCGAAACUUAAGGCUGAUCAUCUACUUAGCCACUUUGCGGAGGUUGCCGAGGAAGACCGCAAGGCUUCUCUAGAUGGUCUUGUUCGCAUCAUUGACAGUCUCUCGGAUGGCGAGAAGAUGACCUUGCAGUCCGCCAUACAGAACACCGUGCGCUUAGUUGGACCUCCUUCGUACUCUAAUUGAACAAAACCUUCUCUGAUAUUUCUUUGUUCUCUACGGUUCCCACUACGACUUUACGAUACUCUCGUUGUUCACUGCUUAGAAUACAUACAUAAUACCUCGCAUAGAUGUCUACAAUACACCAGUCUGAAAUGUUGUGACACAAUCCAUUCGGCACACAAUGCUAUUUUACCUGAAUCCAGCUGAACUGGAAAC